AUGAGUGUUGGGCUUCAGGAGCUUGGGCUAGAAUUACACCACCUUCUCACUGUUGUUGCUGGUCUUUGGGGUCGAAUGUAUCAGAGGCCGGGGGGUGAGGUUGCCAAGGCUGGGCUUAUGGCCAAGAGUGGCCCGUGCGUGUCUGAGCCGUGGUUUGGGCAUGAGGGCGACUAUACCGGAGAACUCAAAAAAGAAAAACUUAAAGUACAAAAGAAGAAAGAAAAGGGAUCAACUGAGUGUGGUCUAACUAACUUCGAGCUGCAUGUAAGUCCUUUGCGUACAGGGAGAAGAGUCCUUAUCGCCUGCUGUCCACCUCAGGUUAUUGCCGCGGCAGUUACCGUGGGUGCUUUUUCCUUAGGGUAG